ACAUGUAGACCCAGGCACCCACGAAGUUGCACAUGAAUUCCUUUCUUCUCCUCCCUCUGUUUCCUCUUUAUCAUCCUCCUCCCCUUUCUAGAAAGCCGUUUUUCCUCUAGUGCCCUAGACUAGCAGUUCAAUAAUGAUACUGCCCUCUUCACGUUAGGUUUUCCUCUGUCCUGAGGUCUGGUACAGGGCAGAUGAAGAAAGAAGUGAAACAAGGAGCUGGGCUUAAGAAUCCCAGCGAAAGGAUGGGGAACUGUCUCCGAAGAAGAAGAUUCAGCUGGCCAAAGGACACUCAAGAGGAACACAGGAAGCCAAGAACUGGAACCCUAGAACAGAAAAAGUUCAGGCAAGUAAUAAAGAGAAGGAAGAAAGAGUUCCAUGAGGAAAGUGAAGAAGUUUCACCUUCUUACUACCAGGAAAGCCAUGAAGACCACGAAAAGGAGCCACUCUAUGCCCUCAUCACGCACAUGCCCCAACGAAUGCCUUCCAUAAACUCCACGGAGGAUGACUAUGAGAAUGUUGGCCCCAAGCAUAAGAGGACCAAACCGCCGGCUCCCAGGAAUGAGACUGAAUAUGCCGUCCUGAGGGUCCCUUCUAGCCCCCAGCCUUCCCACAGCUUCCAGGACGAGGAAUACGAACUUAUCAUGCCAUUACCCAUCCCACUUCAACCUGAUGAAUUGAAGGAACCUGAAUAUAUAGGAAUCUCUAAAAACAGAAAAUGAAGAAACUGAGGCCCAGGGAAUUAACAUGACUUGCUUAAGCUCACACACUAGUGGAGCUGGAACUAUAACUCUGUUCUCCUGACUCCUGGCCCAGCACUUUCUACACCCCAUCUAGAGAAUGUCUGAAGUGUGAUGAUAUCCAAGAACCAAAAGAAAAUCAUGUACAGGAAAGUUUUUUAAAAACACUAAUGAAAAUGCUUGUAUAGCUCCUGCCUACCUGAUUAAUCUUCUUUUAUGGUAACUUAAGGUAAAAUCUUCUGCCCUUAAGGUGUUUUGGAAUUAUGCUUGUUCUAUUAAUAGCAGCAUCUUAGGUCAGCUUGGGAUGAGAAUGGAAGUAUCUUGUGAUAUUUGCUCACAUAGGCUGCUCUGAGGGUAGGAGUUGAAAGCUAGAGCAAUGAUAGAGAUAAAAUCCAAUGCAUCAGAUGAUUAAGUCCACUAACCAGAGCUUAAGGAAGAAGUAGAAAGAUUCUCAGUCCUGUUGUUACACCAAACUGUCAUUGAGCUGACUGACCAAUUUAGGGAUGAUAUAUAGCCUGAAGGCUUUUUUUUUUUAACAAAUUGGGUCAUUCAGGAAGGUAGAAGGUGUGCUAGGGCCAAGUCUAACUGGUCAGCAGAGCAAUUGUUAAAAUUUUCAGUGUGAGCAUUUACACCUCAGAAAUCAGAAAAUGCUAAAAAUUAUGGCUGAUUUAUUGUUU